AUGGCUGUUCGCGGAUUCCUCGUAGCUUUUGACAACAUCGACAAAGAUCAUGAUCAUAUUAUUUCCCAUGAUGAUCUGAAGAACUAUGCUCGUGAACAAAAUAUACCUGACGCCUUCGUACAAAGAUGGAUCACUCUCUUUGAUCCCGAAAGAACAGGGAGCUUCACAUAUGAACAUUUCUGCGAGGUCAUCGGGUUGAAUAAGAAAAAUCCGGCAUCACCGGGACCUACAGACAUUAAAGAGAUAGUAGACUACAAGAGUACACUAUCGCCAAAGCAGAAGACUGACGUGACCAAGUACCUGGAAAGAGAGUGGAAGGUGGAGGACCCAAGUGGUUCGAUGCAGCAAAUGUUACUCUACCUAGACAAGCAGCACGGGCCUCGUUGGCGCUCACGUGUUAUCCUCGAUGAACACAACAUUCCAGCUGUAGAUGCAAUUAACAAACAGUUUUAUGCUUUCAGCCCCGACGGUGGUGCUCAUAAAUACCUCAUCUGGCGUCAAAAGGAGAAGCGAACUGGCGGUUGCUGUGCCUGCUUUGUCUAG